AUGGCCAAUUCUAAUUCGUCAAAAUCUUUGAACCAUGAUAUUUUUGAACCAACUGACGAGAAAUAUGACUUAGAUGUUGAUACUCGUGAUUAUUUAGACGAUCCUGAUUAUUUGGAAGAAUUUUACCUUAUGAGUGGUAAUCCAGAAAUCAAUGAAUUUAUUCGAAAGGAUGAUAGAUUAAAAUGGAUACCCUAUGGACAAUUAACCAACAUUGAAUAUCUUGCUUCUAAAUGGAAAUCUCAAGACGUUGUUUUAAAAAGCUUAAAUAACUCUAAAGAUUUAACGGUUAAUAUUUUACGAGAAAUUGCUUAUCAUCAACUGUUUGAUCAUGAACAUGCUGUUAUUUAUGUUGUACAAUGUUAUGGAAUUUCUCGAGACCGCACGACAGGAAAUUGUCUAAUGGUAAUGCAUUAUUUGGAAGGUGACAUAUGUAAUGGACUUCGCUCUAAUUUGGAUGUUGUUAGUGUACCCAAACUUUUAAAAACAUUAAUUAUUAAAUGUUGGGACGAUAAUCCCACACUCUGUCCAACAGCUCAAGAAUUACUUCUUCAUUUCGACAAGUGGUAUUUUGAUUCAGAUCCAGAAUUUCGCCAGCAAUAUCAACAAAUAAAUGUUGCAGAAGAAUCAUUAACAUCUAAUAACCUAACUUACCAAACGCAUCCGCAAGCCAUUUACACCAGUCGACUGCUUUAUUUGAAUUCAAGGGAAACUGAUUUACAUAUUUCCGAAGAACUUGACAUUUAA